AUCAGCACUUGUCAAUAUCAUUAACUAAUUUCGUAAAUUAUUAUGGUUGUAACAAAUUUUCAUAUUCAUUUCCCAAAGUUGUUCCAGUGUAGCGAUUUCGAGGUAAAAGAAAAUCUCUGUUGUUCUCGUAAAAUCCCUAAUACUUCUAUAAAAAAAACCCAAUAUAUUAUAAUGAAAAAAAAUCCUUGAAUCUCAUCCUAUAUAUACGGACGGUGCAUUGCCACUUGAAGAUCCGCACUAUAAGGUAGGAUUUUGGAUGUUGUGUUCUUCUUCUGUUUGUUGAUGACCAUCUAAGGACAGGCAAAUCUAAGUACAGGCAAGGAAAUCCAUAGCUAGAAGGAGCUUUUUAAGGUUUUGAAUCAGUUAUUUGAAAGAUGGUUGAAUUUGGGAAAAAGUUGAAGGAGAGACAGAUUCAAGAAUGGCAAGGCUAUUACAUUAACUACAAGUUAAUGAAGAAGAAAGUGAAGCAAUUCACUCAACAACUUGGUGCAGGAGCGCAAGACCGUCGACAUGUUCUCAAGGAAUUUUCAAGAAUGCUGGAUAAUCAGAUUGAAAAAAUUGUACUGUUCCUUUUGGAACAACAAGGGCUACUAGCAAGCAGACUAGCCAAACUUGGGGAACAACAGGCUGAACUUCUAAGAGAGCCAGAGAUAGCACAAAUAUCUGAACUACGAGAAGCAUAUAGAGAUGUGGGACGAGAUCUUUUAAAGCUUCUCUACUUUGUGGAGAUGAAUGCAAUUGGGCUUCGCAAAAUACUGAAAAAGUUUGAUAAACGUUUUGGCUACAGAUUCACUGAUUACUAUGUGACGUCUCGUGCAAAUCAUCCUUACUCCCAACUACAACAAGUGUUCAAGCAUGUGGGAUUUGGAGCUGUUGUAGGAGCUGUAACUCGCAAUCUUGUAGAUCUUCAGGAUCGCCAGGGAAGCUACUUAUCAAUUUAUGAUCAACCAUCUAUUGCAUUUCAGGAUCCUGUUAUUGAUUCUAUAAGAGCAGCUGUAGAUAGGUUAACUCACUCCACAAAUUUCCUCCACUUCUUAGGGCAACAUGCCCUUAUUAUGCAAGAUGAGUUACCAAUGCCAACUGAUGAACCAGUUGAUGAACAGAGAUAUCAUUUUGCGUCACUAAUGUUGAACUUAGCAAACACAUUCUUGUAUAUGGUCAAUACGUAUAUUAUUGUCCCAACAGCUGAUAACUACUCUCUAAGCCUUGGAGCUGCGGCAACAGUUUGUGGUAUUGUGAUAGGGGCUAUGGCUGUUGCACAGGUGUUUUCGUCAGUCUAUUUCAGUGCGUGGUCCAAUAGAUCAUACUUCCGGCCGCUUGUAUUCAGCAGUAUUGUUCUGUUUUUGGGGAACGUUUUAUAUGCUCUGGCAUAUGAUCUUGAUUCCAUUGCAGUUCUUCUGAUUGGCCGUCUUUUGUGUGGAUUUGGUUCUGCCAGAGCUGUUAACCGGCGGUAUAUAAGUGAUUGCGUUCCUAAUAGAAUAAGAAUGCAGGCCUCUGCGGGUUUUGUGAGUGCCAGCGCUCUUGGGAUGGCUUGUGGUCCUGCUCUUGCAGGCUUGCUUCAAACUAAUUUUAAGAUUUCCAAGCUAACAUUUAAUGAAGAUACGUUACCAGGCUGGGUUAUGGCAGUGGCGUGGCUAUUCUAUUUAGUCUGGCUCUGGAUCUCCUUUGUGGAGCCUGCUCCCUUACCCGAAGCUAAACCUGUGCCACAGGAAGAAGAUGCCGCAAGACUAGAAAAUGGUGAAUUAGAAAAAGCUCUGGUACAGCCUCUGCUUCUAAGUUCUAAAGAGGACCAAGACGAAGAUGGUGAUGAUGAUGUUGAUGGUAGUGAAGAAGCUAGUGAAGAAUCGCAUCUCGCUGCUGCUUCAAUUGGGUCAGCAUAUAGGUUGCUUACACCAUCUGUGAAGGUUCAGCUAUUGAUCUAUUUCAUGCUCAAAUACGCAAUGGAAAUUUUACUCUCUGAAUCUAGUGUUAUUACCACAUACUACUUCAAUUGGUCAACUAGCACAGUUGCAAUCUUCCUUGCAUGUCUUGGAUUGACUGUUCUUCCAGUAAAUAUUGUCAUCGGAAGCUACAUUAGCAACAUGUUUGAGGACAGGCAAAUUUUGUUGGCAUCUGAAAUCAUGGUAUGCGUCGGUAUUGUUCUGAGCUUCCAUGUAACACACACAUAUUCUAUUCCGCAGUAUGUUUUCUCAGCACUUAUCACAUUCGUGUCUGCUGAAGUUCUCGAAGGUGUGAACCUAUCGCUCUUAUCGCGCGUGAUGUCAUCAAGGCUAGCUCGAGGAACAUAUAACGGUGGAUUACUUUCAACAGAAGCCGGAACUUUAGCUAGGGUGGUGGCAGAUGCAACAAUCACACUAGCCGGAUAUUUUGGUCAGAAACAUCUCUUGAAUAUCACUCUAUUACCUUCACUUGUUAUUUGUGUAAUUUCAAUCAUGGCUACUUGCUUUACCUACAAUACCCUGUAUUGAUUGCACUCUCGAUUCCCCUGUAUUUAGUUCAAUUCAGAUCUGCUUCAUUUUUCAUUUUUCCUUUUGUAAUCAAAUUGUUUAUAUGGAAUACUUAAUUUAUUAAUUCAUGAUUCAAGAAAUUGAAUUAUCAUAA